UUAGGUUAUAAUAUAAACCUAACGUGUCCGUUUCUUUUCGUUUUUUUCUCCUCAAAAUUUUUCGUUCUUAUUAUUAAUAAGCAGCAAUUCAAUGGAUUUUGAAUUAGUCGUAGUAAGCAAAUAUGCUUCUGAAGUUAUUACUCGUCACCAAAUCGGUUUCCCUAAUCUUCAACAGUUGAUGUAUUUCGAUCUACUGUUAAAAAUUCAUCAACUUUAUCCCACCCUGUAUUUAUACGGUGAUCCUCGAGUGUAUUGGCAGUACGCUAGAAAUCGUUUCUUUAGAAUUGAAAAAUAUUUUACAUUCAUUAGUAUGAUUUUGUUCAUGGCCGACAAAAAAGUGUAUCUGCUUUUAGAAGAUUGCGAACCGAACGGCGAAGAAACCGAAUCAUUUCUUCGCUGGCUGGACUAUUUAGAAGAGCGAGCUGAAGAGAAGAAACGUUUAACAAAGUACGACGUUUUAUUGCAUAAGUGCAAAAGGCGAAAACCACCAAAGUUUGAUUACGUACCACGCACCGACGAGGAAAUAUUGGCUUAUGCUUUGAGAAAAGUUCCCCAUGUUGAGUGUUACACCUGCGAUACAUAUUUAGAAACGAAAGCAGCUGAGUACAUUCGGAGGGGAAUGCCGAAAAGACAGAAACUCAGAAAGAUGUAUGUUGACGAAGUAAUUGAAAGAAUACUACCUAAAGCCUCCAAAAAAGGAAAAAAAGAUAAAGGCAAAAAGGACAAGAAGAAGAAGUAGCUGCACCAGGUGGCUGCAACUUUAUAUGCCAUGCAUGGGACUCCCCGGAAGAGUGUGUUUUGGGACCUGUACAACCCCAACCCAGCAACAUCUGAAAAUAUACGAAUGA